AUGGUGACAGCAAAAGAAGAAGAAAUUAAUGAAGAGGAAUUGGAAAGACUGAAGGCAGAGUUAGAUGAGAAAAAACAAAUGAUUGCUACUGUCAAAUGCAAGCCUUGGAAAAUGGAGAAGAAAAUUGAAGUUCUCAAGGAAGCAAAAAAAUUUGUGAGUGAAAAUGAAGGAGCCCUUGGGAAAGGGAAAGGAAAGCGGUGGUUUGCAUUUAAGAUGAUGAUGGCCAAGAAAUGGGCAAAAUUUCUUCGUGAUUUUGAAAACUUCAAAGCUGCCUGCAUCCCGUGGGAAAACAAAAUCAAGGCAAUUGAAAGUCAGUUUGGCUCCUCCGUGGCCUCGUACUUCCUCUUCUUGAGAUGGAUGUAUGGAGUAAACAUGGUUCUCUUCAUCCUGACAUUCAGCCUCAUCAUGCUGCCAGAGUACCUCUGGGGUUUGCCAUAUGGCAGUUUACCUAGGAAAACAGUUCCCAGAGCUGAAGAGGCAUCUGCGGCAAACUUUGGUGUGUUGUACGACUUCAGUGGCUUGGCGCAAUAUUCUGUCCUCUUUUAUGGCUAUUAUGGCAAUAAACGAACAAUUGGAUGGAUGAAUUUCAGGCUGCCGCUCUCCUAUUUUCUGGUGGGGAUCAUGUGCAUUGGAUACAGCUUUCUGGUUGUCCUUAAAGCGAUGACCAAAAAUAUCGGGGAUGAUGGGGGUGGUGAUGACAAUACAUUCAACUUCAGCUGGAAGGUAUUCACAAGCUGGGACUACCUGAUUGGCAAUCCGGAAACAGCAGACAACAAAUUCAACUCUAUCACCAUGAACUUUAAGGAAGCAAUCAUAGAGGAAAGAGCAGCCCAAGUGGAAGAAAACGUCCACUUGAUCCGAUUCCUGAGGUUUCUUGCUAACUUCUUCGUGUUUCUAACACUUGGCGGGAGUGGAUACCUCAUCUUCUGGGCUGUGAAGCGAUCCCAGGAAUUUGCACAGCAAGAUCCUGACACCCUUGGGUGGUGGGAAAAGAAUGAAAUGAACAUGGUCAUGUCCCUUCUGGGGAUGUUCUGUCCAACACUGUUUGACUUAUUUGCUGAAUUGGAAGACUACCAUCCCCUCAUUGCUCUGAAAUGGCUACUGGGACGCAUUUUUGCUCUACUUUUAGGCAACUUGUAUGUAUUUAUUCUUGCCUUGAUGGAUGAGAUUAACAACAAGAUUGAAGAGGAGAAGCUGGUAAAGGCCAAUAUUACCCUCUGGGAAGCCAACAUGAUCAAGGCCUACAAUGCAUCACUCACGGGAAAUAGCACUGGGCCACCUUUUUUUGUGCACCCUGCAGAUGUACCUCGAGGACCCUGCUGGGAAACAAUGGUGGGGCAGGAAUUUGUGCGGCUGACCGUUUCUGAUGUUCUGACCACUUAUGUCACAAUCCUCAUUGGAGACUUUCUCCGGGCAUGUUUUGUGAGGUUUUGCAAUUAUUGCUGGUGCUGGGAUUUGGAAUAUGGAUAUCCCUCAUACACUGAAUUUGACAUCAGCGGCAAUGUCCUCGCUCUGAUCUUCAACCAAGGCAUGAUCUGGAUGGGCUCCUUCUUCGCCCCCAGCCUCCCAGGAAUCAAUAUCCUUCGACUCCACACCUCCAUGUACUUCCAGUGUUGGGCCGUGAUGUGUUGCAACGUUCCUGAGGCCAGGGUGUUCAAAGCUUCCAGAUCAAAUAACUUCUACCUGGGCAUGCUACUGCUCAUCCUCUUCCUGUCCACCAUGCCCGUCCUGUACAUGAUUGUAUCGCUCCCGCCAUCUUUUGAUUGUGGCCCGUUCAGUGGUAAAAAUAGGAUGUUCGAAGUCAUUGGAGAAACCCUGGAGCAUGAUUUCCCAAGCUGGAUGGCAAAGAUCUUGAGACAGCUUUCUAAUCCUGGACUGGUCAUCGCUAUCAUUUUGGUUAUGGUCUUGACCAUUUAUUAUCUCAAUGCUACUGCAAAGGGCCAGAAGACAGCAAAUCUGGAUCUAAAAAAGAAGAUGAAACAGCAAGCUUUGGAGAACAAAAUACGCAACCAGAAAAUGGCGGCUGCCCGAGCAGUUUACAAUGUGGAUGACACUCCCUUGUUCUUGAUCUACUUCAUAACAAAGAUGAUGAGAGAUGACAAACCGUCCCCCAAGGACGUCAUCUCCUAA